UUCAGCGGCCGGAUGCGCCGAUUGGCUGCGUCAGCUGCCCCUCAAGGUGGCUGAGGUUGGUGGGUGUGCGGCCUAGCCCAGCCCAGCCCAACCCGGUGUGGACACACGGCGGUGAUACAGAAGUACUUAAAAAAAUUGCAGUGAAUGAAGUGUUUCCAAUUUGCAGCUCAUAUUUGAGCAGAAUUCGCAUCAAUGGCCGUAUCUGUCGGAGAAAAUCAGAUCCAGAGAAUAAUCCGAGACCUAAAAGAUGCAAUAGCAGAACUGAAUCGAGAGUAUAAGGAAAAUGGCGAGCCAAUAUCUGAUGAUAGCACAAAUCUGCAUAAAUGCUGCUUAAAACUGGAAUAUCUCCUUCAGUUUGACCAGAAGGAAAAAACUUCAUUUCUUGGCACCAAGAGAGACUACUGGGAUUUUUUCUGCAGUUGCUUAGCUAAGGUGAAAGGAGCAAAUGAUGGAAUUCGUUUUGUGAGGACUAUCCUGGAGCUAAAAACCCCUCUUGGUAAAGGACGAGCAUUUAUCCGCUAUUCGUUAGUCCACCAGCGCCUGGCUGAUACUAUUCAGCAAUGCUUGAUGAACACUAAAGUCACCAGUGACUGGUAUUAUGCUCGAAGUCCAUUGCUGAAAUCUCAUCUCGUCUCUGAUAUUGUUAUUCAUCUGUAUGAACUGAAUGAAGUGCAAUUUGACUUGGCUUCUAGAGGGCAUGAUUUGGAUGCUACUUGGCCAUCAUUUGCACGGCGGUCUUUUGGCAUGUCUUAUUCUCCAUCUCAUCUUUGGAAACCACCAAGUAGAUGCUCCAGUAUAAGCAGUUUGGUCAGCAACUAUGCACAAGCCCCUGAAAGUCUAACAAAUAUAGAAAUAAACAGUUCAUUAACAGCCGAGGAACUGGAAACACUUGAUGAGCUACGCAAUGAACUAGAUCAUUCUGAUGUAAAACAAAAAGAGAUGCAAGAAAAGAUUCAACAGAUUGAACUGGAUAAGGAAGAAUUACAGAAGGCAAUAAUGUUACAUGAGCAAGCAAUAGAAGAUACGAGGAAAUUAUCAGCUGAUACAAUGGAGGAGAACCUCAUGCUAAAAAAGACGAUGGAAGAGUUGAGUCGGCAGUGUGAAAACCUUCCUCAAGGCAAUGUGGAAAAACUUGCAAAAUCUCUGCAAAUGUUAGAAGUCGAAAAACGUGAGACACUUCAGGCAAAAGUUACAGAGUUAGAGACAUGUAGUAAACACUACACAGUACUGCUGCAGUCAUUAACACAAGAAAUAGAAAGGAUCAAGUCAUCAGAAGGUACAACGGAUACUGAUUUUGCUGAACUUCAAACCAAGCUAAUCACAGCAGAACAGAAGAACAUAGAGCUGGUACAAAGGGUAGAAAAUAUUUUUACUGGGAAGAAACAACUGACAGCAACCCACUAUGAUUCGGCACAGAAAAUCCAUGAACCUAUUGACAAAUUCAAUGAUGUUGAGAGAGAAAAAAUUGGGAUACAGUGGUUAAAUAGUAUGCAGCAACUGCAGCUGGUAACAUUAACAAAUGAUUUGAAAUUAAAAGGCUCAGUAAUAGAUGAGCUUGAGUUGAAGUUGAAAGAGACAACUUUGAAAUUAGAGGAAACGAGUAUUAUGCUUAUAAGGAAAGAUGAAGAGCUGGAAUCUUAUCUCAUUAAAUGUAGAGAAAUAAAGAGUAUACAUAACAGUGAUACAACUGAACUUGAAUCAAUGGAGAAGGUCAUUCAGGAAUUAAAAAAUGAGAAAGAUGAAACACAAAUAAAAUGUAAAGUCUUAGAUGAACAAAUAAAAACUCUUUCUAGCCAGCUUAUGACAAAGGAAUUCGAGCUGGCUGCUGCAAAUAAUGCGGCAAAAAAUCAUCAGGAGGAUAGAAAUAAGCUUUUCUGUGAGAACAAUGAUCUAAGGAAAAAAUUGCAUGAUUUAGAAGAACCUUUAGCUGAUGGUCAAAGUAGAGCAGAAGAUAUUGUUGAGCAUCAAAAACUUGAAAUUGAGAAGAAGAAACUUCAAGAUAUUGUGGGGGGAAAUGCUGAAAGAGAGACAGAAGUGGAGAAAACUUGUUUAUCCCUUGAAGCUGAGAUAGAUAGACUAAAAUCAUCCGAGAAACAGUUGCAAGACCAGAUAGCUGAUGCCAUGGUUCCAGGGGAUGGGAACGAGAAAAAGCUGCUGGAAGAAAAUAAACAAUUGAAUGAGAAACUACAAAAUGCUCUCCAGCAGUUUAAAAAAGCAGAGGCAAAACUGAAAGAAAGUCAGUCUGGAUUUGAUGAGCUGAAACAAGGAGAAAUUAAGUUGAAUGUCUGCUUACUAUAUCUCCAAAGAGAUCUGCACAUCAAGGAAGAAGUGAUUUCAGACCUGCAGAAUGAGGUGUUAAAGUCACAGCAGAAUGAAACUUCUCCUAUUGCUCUUGCAGCUGAAAUAGAAGUUAAUUUGCAAAAGCAGUUAUUAGAGAGCAUUGAAAAAUAUCAGGCAAAAAUGGAAAGCCUAGAAGAAGAAAAGUUAACUCUUGAGAACAACUUUCAGCAACAGACUUGGCUGACAGAGAAUCUAGUAGCUGAGAAAAAUGAAUUAUUGAAUACACAGCCAACAGAGAGAGACCUAAAUGAGAAGGAAAUGGAGAAAAUAAAUGUGGGAAUAGUUACUACUAAAGAUCGGUUUGAAGUCGAGCAUAAUGAAGUGUCCAGGUUGGAAGAAGAGGUUGAAGAACUAAAGUCAAAGCUUAAAUAUGUCAUUGAGGAAAAAGAGAGUAUACACAGUAAUCUAAAUCUUGCAGUAUGCUCCAAAGAGGAAUACAGAACCCUGGUUCAUAAUCUGAAAGAACAGAUAGAGUCAAUUAACAGGGAUCACGCUGAGAAACUGUUGCUGUUAAAGGAGAAAGGAGAUUAUCUUAAAAAAGAGAGAGGCAAUCUAGCACAACACGUCAUUGAACUCGAAAAACAGCUUGUGAUUUUUAAAGAAGAAUCAUCUCAACAAAAAGAGCACAAUGAAAAAUUAAAGUCUGAGAAUGUUGAGACCAAAGAUCUGCUUAAUCGGGCAAACACUGAAAUGGCAGAAUUUGGCAUUCAGAUUUGUACACUAAGUGCAGAAAAAAAUGCCAUUGAGCAGCAAUGUCAUGAUAUUUGUCAACAGCAAACAGCAUUUUUUGAGGAGAUGAGAUUGGAACAAAACCAACUAAAUGUUAAUGUUUCUACACUCAAGAAUGAGAAUGAACAACUCCAAGAGGAGUUGAGGAGAUCAGAAGAUUUAGCAAAAACUGUAAAAGAGCUGCAGAGAAAGCUAGUGAAAACACAACAUCAAGCAGAGAGUUUUCAAGAGACUGCAAAGGAAGAGGUGGCUGCAACCAAAUUUCAGAUGAGUGGAGAGGUGAUGGAUUACCAGGAUAAAUUAAAGACUGUCAGUGAAGAAUUGGAGGCUGUGAAAAAGGAUCUUAAUGAGGGUCAAAGUCAAAUAGCUUCAAUGGAUAAACAACUUGCUAACCUUCAAGACCUCAGCAAUAAAUUAAAGGGGCAGUUGCAAGAGAAAGCACAAAUAAUUGUAGAUUCGGAAUUAUUGAGAAACAAAGAGCAGGAAAAACUGAAGUCCCUUUCAGAAAACUUCAUCAGUACCCAGCAAGAGCUGGAAGUUGUAAAAAAGGAGCAAGAAGAGUAUAAGCAACACCAGGAGGAGAAUCAAGUGGAAAUGAAGAGAAAUGAAUUGAAACUUCUUGCUGAAGUAGAUGACUUGAAUCGAACUAGGGAAUUUUUGGAAGAGCGCCUAAUUGAACUUAUUAAAGAUAAGGAUGCUCUGUGGCAGAAAUCUGAUGCAUUGGAAUUUGAACAGAAGCUCCGCACCGAAGCUCGAUGGAUUGGCGACAGGGAGGUUAAUUAUUGUCUGGAUUGUCACAGUCAAUUUACAUGGUUGUUACGUCGACAUCACUGCAGACUUUGUGGACGUAUCUUCUGCUACUACUGCAGUAAUAAUUUUGUAAUGACAAAACACUGCGGUAAACGAGAGCGCUGCUGCAGAGCUUGCUAUUCAGAGCACAGUGCUGUUGUUCAACGGUUUAAUGAUCCUGGAUCAGAUGCAACAAACAGCCCUGAUGAAUCUCCUUCACGAUCCGUCUCUGAAACACAAAUUGUCAGUAACCCAGAUAGUUUCACCAAACCAGAUGAUGCCACCUUUGAUAUCAUUACGGAUGAAGAGCUCAAUGAAAUUGAAGACAAUGAUUGUUCUUUGGAAUCCACAAAUCAGUCCAGCUCUAAUCUGCCGGAGUCAGAACUUCAAGAUGCUUCAUCUCUAAGUUCAGCUUGUGAUGCACCAUCAGUAGAGAGUCCAAGAAUGCCAACGGAAGAUGAAUCCAAUCAACCUAUGCAAGACGCAGAGAUUAAUUUGUUAAAAAGUGGUGAACUAACGCUCAAAAUACCCCUAACAGUGGAUGCGAUUCGGCAGUUUGGAAAUAAUAUUAGAGAGCUUUUUAUUAAAUCCAGUUGCUACAGUCUUAUCCCUAUUACAGUUGAAGAAUGUGGUUUGACCAUUAGCUGGGUCUUUUCUUCUGAUCCAAAAAGCAUAUCAUUUAGCGUUGUGUAUCAAGAGUCUGAAGAAACGUCAUACCAACAAUGCAAGGUUUUAAUUCCUUUAACACGUUGUAAUUCUCAUAAGGAAACGAUACAAGGCCAAAUGAAGGCCAGGAAUCCAGGGCAGUAUUUGUUGAUAUUUGAUAACUCAUUUUCAAGGUUUACAUCAAAGAAGGUGUUUUAUCGCUUAACAGUCGAAAAGCCCGUUAUCUAUGAUGGAAGCGAUAUUUCUGAACCAUGAAAUAUUUGCACUUUUUAAACUAUUCAAGUAUAUCCAAAUAUGGAGCAAUAUUUUCCAAGGGUUGAAAUCUAUGCAAAUAAGCUUUAAAUAAAAAAUAUAUUUAGUAAUAAAUACUUUUUCAAUACGAAAUAAUGUAAAGUUGGACUAUCAGAGGAAGGCAAUAUUUUGGUAGUGGAAAGGGGAGCCACCUGUCUUAAUACGAGAAAUUAUAGUUGCACUGCCUUUAUAAUCAAAUGUUGAUCUAACAAUUUAUGUUGAUGCUUUUGUUCUGCUGCCAUUUUGACUACAUUUCAGCUAUAACUCGUUAUACUGUUAUAAACUGACAUUGGUAAGGAAAGUAACAUUGGCGGCAUUACAUCUUGUUGCUGGGAAUGAGUAUGUGUUUAAUACAUCUUUUUCAUGCUGGAGAACAGAUGGUGAAGAAUGUAACCAAAUGAAGAAAAUGUGUGGAAAUGAUCUACUUCAUAUAUGCAACUAAGAACAUGCAACACUAAAUCGGGGCAUCUUAACAAGGAAAAUCAUAUUUAUAUUUAAUCCACAGAUAUUUUAACUGGAUAUAUAUAUAUAUAUUUGAAAACGUUUGUAUGCCUGAAACAGAUGGGGUGUGUUUGUGGGUUUAUAAUAUACCAGCUUUGUUAUAAUGCAAAUUUUAAUAGACAGUUAUUCAGAUACAAUUAGUUCUGCUAUAAUGCGACAGUUGCAUUUCUAAGAAACCUGGUGUUAGAGAAAAUCGUGUUAUAAAAACAAUUGUGCCAAUGGGGAGAAAGGAGUUUUGGGCUGCAGAGUUUCAAACUUACAAUAACAAAAUUAUUUCUCCCACAAGAUUUUCAAAAAGAAAGGUAUUUUUGAUAGCUGCAGGUUUAUUUUUGUUACUGCAAGCUAAAAAUACUAAAGGCUGUAUGUUACAUUGUACAAUGGAGUAUGAUACACAAGUGUCAAGGAAAGCGAUUUUUUGUCAAUUUCAAAUAGUCACCCGCAGUGAAACUGACACACUGUGUUCUUGAAAGACAAUAUGUCUGAUCACUGCAAGGUGGUUAAAUGGAAGAACCCUAGACUGUAUUUUCGAAAGCAGCAUUUUUUCAGCAUAAAUUUCCCAAGUAACCUUCGAAUGGUUCUCUAGUUUCCGGUAGAAAAUGGGUUUGAACCAGUUUAACCUGCAUUUUACAAAUAGAGAUACCUAAUCCAUCAAUUACAUUAUAUCCAAUUCAUGUUAUAAAAACACGUUGUAGCAGAACUACUUGUAUUUUUACAUUACAACAUAUAUUGCACUUUUGUUCCAAAAUCUGAUUUUGGAUGGAAACAAUCAAUAAAGUAAAUCACAAAAUC